AUGGGUAAAAUUAAGAAGAAGGGUACCUCUGGCGCGGCCAAAAACUACAUCACUCGUACACAGGCCGUGCGCAAACUUCAGAUUUCCCUGCCUGAUUUCCGUCGACUUUGCAUUUUCAAGGGAAUUUACCCCCGUGAGCCUCGCAGCAAGAAGAAGGCUUCCAAGACAUCGACUCCAAACACAACUUUCUACUACACCAAGGAUAUCCAGUAUCUGCUCCACGAGCCGCUACUGAACAAGUUCCGUGACCAGAAGUCUGUUGCUAAGAAGAUCGCCCGUUCCCUGGGUCGUGGUGAAGUCAGCGACGCCUCGCGCUUGGAGAAGAACCACUCCCCCAAGCUCACUCUCGACCAUGUCAUCAAGGAGCGCUACCCGACCUUCAUUGACGCUCUUAGAGACCUUGACGAUGCCUUGUCUUUGCUCUUCCUGUUUGCUACGCUUCCUUCCACAACCCAUGUUCCCCACAAGACCAUUGCCCUGUGCCAGCGAGUCUGCCACGAGUUCCAGCACUACCUGAUUACCACCAACUCUCUGCGCCGAUCCUUCUUGUCCAUCAAGGGUAUCUACUACCAGGCCACUAUCCAGGGUCAGGAUAUUAUGUGGUUGGUGCCAUACCGAUUUGUGCAGCGUGUCAAUGGCGACGUUGACUACCGUAUCAUGGCCACCUUUGUCGACUUCUACACUACUUUGCUGGGAUUCGUCAACUUCCGCCUGUACUCCUCGAUCGGUCUGAGAUACCCUCCCAAGUUUGACACCCGCAGCGACGAGAAUGGUGCUGAGUUGGCUGCUUUCACUUUGGAGGGCCGAAAUGUCGGUGAGGCUCCCAAGGCGCUGGAGGCUAGCAAGCCCCAGAAGAACGGUAACUCGAACAAGGAGGUUUCCAAGGCUGUCCAGGCCAAGGUGGACAAGGUCCUCAAGACCGCCGGCUUGGAUCAGACCAACGAUGAGCAGACUGUCGACACAGCCGAGGAGAACACCGAUGCGAUCGACCAAUUCGAGACCGCCGCCCCGGAAGCCGACACUCUCCCCCAACCCGACAUGAGCGGUAAUGUGGCCAGCACUCUUUUCGCUCCCUUCGUGUUUUACAUCUCGCGUGAGGCCCCCAAGGCCCCUAUCGAGUUCAUCCUGCGUGCCUUCGGCUGCAAGCGUAUUGGUUGGGACGCCGUGAUGGGCGAUGGUGCUUUCACCCACGAUGAGACCGAUCCCCGUAUUACUCACCAGAUUGUCGAUCGUCCACCUCUCCCAGAGUCUUCCCUUCCCGCUAUUCCUGCUGCCGAGAGCACAAGCCAAAAGGUCAAGCCCGGCACUCGCAUUCCUGGACGUACCUACGUCCAGCCCCAGUGGGUCUGGGAUUGCAUCAACGAGAGCAAGCUUUGCCGCGCCGAUCUUUACGGACCUGGUGCUACUCUGCCCCCUCACUUGAGCCCAUGGGUUAAGGCUAGCCGCGGUGCUUACGAUCCCAAGGCCACCCUGGCCGAGCAGGAAGAGGAAGGCGAGGCUGAAAUCGCCGAAGAGGCUGGAGACAGUGACGAGGAGAUGGAGGAUGAGGCCGCCGUUGAUGAGAAGACCGUCCCCGUUGUCGAGGAUUCCGAAGAAGAGUCCGUCGAUGGUGGUAUGGACGUUGCUGGCUCCGACGACGAUGAGAGUGACAGUGACGAGGAUGAGGAGGACGAUGAGGAACUCGAGGGACUCGAAGAUAUGGAAGUCGCAUCUGAAUCAGAGGAUGACGAUGAUGAGGCUGCUCGCAAUCAGCACCAGCGUGAGCUCGAGGCCGAGGCUGCUGGUCUGCCCUUCUCUUCCAACGGUGCCGAAGACAAGAAGAAGAACACUCAGACCAAGAAGCUUGCUGCUAAGAAGCGCAAGGAGGAUGAGGAGCUCGAGAGACAGAAGAUGAUGAUGAGCCGGAAGAAGCGUAAGCUGUUGGAGAAGAUGAUGUACUCCAACAAGAAGACUUCCGAGGAGGCUGCCAAGCUCCGCUCCAAACGGCGCAAGCUUGAGAAGGCUGAGAAAUAG